ACGGGAGGCGUCAGCCAAUGGGAGAGCGCGGAGGGCUGAGUGGGCCAAAGUAGCGGCGCGGCGGCAUCGCUGAGGUGAAAUUUCUGGAAGCGGUAGCGGUGUUGUUCGUUCGUUCGUCCGAGCGGGGCGCCUCCGGUUGAGAGCCGAGAAGGAAAGCGAAAGCGAAGGGGGGCCAGAGCAUGAACCACAAGAGUAAAAAGCGCAUCCGCGAGGCGAAACGCAGCGCCCGCCCGGAGCUCAAGGACUCGCUCGACUGGACGCGGCAUAACUACUGCGAGAGCUUCCCCCUCAGCCCUGCAACGUGCAAGGACAAUGUGGAAAGAGCAGAUGCACUCCAUUUGUCAUUGGAAGAGUUCAUUGAGCGUUACGAAAAGCCUUACAAGCCGGUUGUCCUGCUAAAUGCACAGGUGGGAUGGCCUGCCCAAGAGAAAUGGACUCUAGAACGACUGAAACGCAAGUACCGGAACCAGAAGUUCAAGUGUGGGGAGGACAAUGAUGGUUAUUCUGUCAAAAUGAAGAUGAAAUACUACAUCGAGUAUAUGGAGACCACACGGGAUGACAGCCCACUUUAUAUAUUUGACAGCAGUUAUGGGGAGCACCCUAAGCGCAGGAAACUUCUUGAGGACUACAGGGUGCCCAAGUUCUUCACAGAUGACCUGUUUAAGUAUGCAGGGGAGAAGAGAAGACCACCUUACAGGUGGUUUGUGAUGGGCCCACCUCGAUCUGGAACCGGCAUUCAUAUUGACCCUCUGGGAACCAGUGCCUGGAAUUCCUUGGUCCAAGGACACAAGCGCUGGUGCCUUUUCCCAACCAGCACUCCCAGAGAAUUGAUUAAAGUGACUCGUGAAGAUGGAGGGAACCAGCAAGAUGAAGCCAUAACUUGGUUCAGAGUAAUAUAUCCCAGAACUCAGCUUCCUACUUGGCCUUCUGAGUUCAAACCUUUGGAAAUUGUGCAGAAACCAGGAGAAACAGUUUUUGUACCAGGUGGCUGGUGGCAUGUUGUUCUCAAUCUUGACACAACUAUUGCAGUUACUCAAAAUUUUGCAAGUUGUACAAACUUCCCUGUGGUGUGGCACAAGACUGUAAGGGGAAGACCGAAAUUAUCAAGAAAAUGGUACAGAGUCCUGAAGCAAGAACAUCCUGACCUGGCUGCACUGGCAGAUUCUGUUGACUUACAAGAAUCAACAGGCAUUGCUUCUGAUAGUUCCAGUGAUUCAUCUAGUUCUUCCAGCUCCAGUUCUUCAGAUUCGGAUUCAGAGUGUGAUUCUAGCUCAGAGAUGGAAGGAAUGAUGCAUCGAAGGAAAAAGCGAAGGACAUGCAGCAUGAUGGGGAAUGGUGAUACAACCUCACACGAUGACUGCGUGAGCAAAGAGCGUAGCUCCUCCAGGAUUAGGGAAUCUUGUGGAAGUCGUACUCAUCCCUGAAAGAUAACAAGACCCAUCUAAAGGCAGUCACAGCCAGCCAGUUGUCUUCUAUUCUUCUCAUCAGCUGUCUGCUUGGAUCUUUCUCAAGUCUUCACCACUCUUCACUAAUUUGUUUUAAAUCCAGUGUUUGUCUACCACUACCUACUAUCUAAAUCUGACUCCUUCCUAACAAAAGGAGAAAACUAGACAUUUCUGUGUGUUUAACCUUCUCUUUCUACACUCCAUAAAACAUAUAUGCUAAACAUGGGAAAACAAGGCUGCUGGCUGCAAGGCUGUGCUGUGCCUCAGAACUCGGUGCAGUCAGUAAAGGAAACAGGGACUUUGUAUUAACAAAGCUGUCUUAAAAAUUAAGCAACUAGAUUUUGAAAGUUUCUAUGCUUUCCAACAUUGUCAUAUGUUUACAAGUUGCAUUCUCAUGCACUACGACUAUGUGUAAUUGGCCAGUAGAUCCUUAACUAAAGCGCAAAAGAAACAGUAGAUACAUUUGCUUAUGGUGACCCUGCUGCUUCAUAAAUGAUCAUCUGUAAGAAGCAUACUUUUGUAAGUUUUUUAUUUAUAACGUCAAACCAUGGGCUAAUAAUUAGACCUAUAGUAAGUAGUAUGUCAAAGCAGCAGUUCAUCACAAUUACAUGUAUUUUGUUUUAAUAAAAGCAACAAAAUUGUUGGUAUUUUGCAAUUGGUUUGGGAGCUUGAUACAGAAAAUAAUGGGUAGGAAGAAGAUACAGCUUCUUAAUUUAAUUCUCCCUGUGGGAGUUUCAGGAAACGUAAAAAUAAAAAGAUUUUAAAAAUAAGAAGUGGGUGAAGUCUGAAUAAACACAUUUUGUUUUAUGGAGAACUACUGCUGCUGCUGCUACUACUACUACUACUGCUGUUGUAGUUUGACAGGUUAUUUGAGUUGUGUGGUAUUUUGUCUCGAUGCAUAAAAUGUGACUAUGCAUAUCCAAAAGCAGCCAAUUUUUUUAGGAUAUGCUGUUUCAAGAGAGAUUUUGUUGUCAAUGUAGAUAUGAGUUAUCUUCUAUGAUGGAUCUUGUACCUCCAUCCACAGUUGUAACUGUGUCCCAACUUUGAAAAUCUGCAAAGAUAAGGUCCAACACCUCGAUAAUACUUGAGAAUAACUUGAGUGAUUAUCUGGACCUGAUUGCAUUUUGAGACAUGACAUUGAAGAAUAUACCUUUGUUGAGGAUGGCUUUUAGGUUUCCCCUGCAUCCCAUUGUUCAGGUAUUUGUUAAAUCAACCUGUUUCUGUCCAGUUAUCUGCAAGAUCUCUGACCCCAUAAGAAAUGUACUCAGCAUACAUAAUUUUCUUCCAUAAUUCCAGUGUUUCAAAAGAAAUCACAAAACCAUACCCCUACAUAUCAGUAGAGCAAGGAUCAGUAUAUCACUUGAUAGCCUUAACUCAGUGCUUUUAUGAAAUACAAUUUUGGUGAAUACUGAUUUCAUUGAAAUAAUGCAUUUCCUCAGUAUUAACAACUAGCUAUUUCAUGUUAUUCAUAGCCAGUUUUCUGACUACAGACUAAUCUUAGCAGUCCAAGUAAUUUUUCCUUACAGACCAUCUAUACUGUAGAAUUAAUGCAGUUUGACAUGUAUGAAUGACAUAAAAUUGUAGGAGCUGUAGUUUUACAAGGCUAAAAAUUUUGUAAAACCACAAUUCCAUAAUUCCGUAGCAUUAAGCAAUGGCAGUUAAGACAACAUCAGAGUGCAUUAAUAUUUAAGUGUAGAUGCAUUCUUAAGAUAUCCUUGGGAUAUCACUUUUGGUGAUGAGGGGAAUGAUUCUGUAGAAUUUGAUCACUGUUGGUUUUGUACUAAGAAUUUACAAUUAUGGAGGUAGAUAUUGGGCGGGGAAAGAAACAACAGGAGCAAGGACCAUUGUUCCUUGAUUUAAAAUUUAAGAAGCUGUUGUGAGCUCAGUUGUCAAAGAUGCUAGUUACUUUUCAGUGGCACUAAAAGGUCUUUCCUAGUCCUAACUUGAUUCCAGAAUCCCUGUGAAUUGAGUCCUUUGGGAUGCUCCCAAUGAGAGAGAGAUUAUUUUAAUCACCUGUACCUUGAAAAACUUAGUCUCUGACCUUGAGCAUCCCACUGUAAUAAGCAUGAAAGGAAGAAAGAAUUGCUUUAAAUUAUCUUAUCCACUUAACUUCUUCCUAUAGGGGGCUUUGGCUGGAUCCUUACCCUUUUUGCUUGCAUUAGUAUUUCACAUUUAUAUUGGUUUAAUAAAUUAACCUGAAAGUAGUAUUUGCCAAGUUGCUUUGGUUAGACUGAGGAAGGCCUACCUUUAAGUAAGAAAAACUAGUUCUUGAAUCAGAACUGACUUUUUAAAAAAGCUUUUUUUUCUUUUCUGUUUGUAUCAAAAACAAUCAGAAUUGUGACAUUUCAGGUCAAACUAGUCAUGGCUUUCCUUUUUAUCAGUAGUUACCACAGGCAACCGAAGCCCAACACUCAGUUGCAGUCAGUGUAGUUAUAUCUUUUUAAAAGGUUUUAUCUUUUACAUAGAUUUGUUCAUUUAUAGAAGCUGUUUGCUUCUGAUGUGCUGUGGUAAGAAAUAACUUGCAUUAGAAAAUCCAAAACUUUUGAGAAAAACCACACACAUUAAACCUGGGGCUUCUUUUAAACUGUAAAUUUUGUAUACAAAAUUAAACAGAAGCUGUGUCCUAACUCCACUGCUGUCAAAAAAGACUGGCCUGGAGUUAUGCAUUCUACUGUAAUUUCCUGACUAGAUCCCAAGUAUAUUCCCAUCCUGUUGAUCUGAAGCCAAGCAACUGACUUACUGGAGGAAAGGGCAUUGUUUCUUCUUAGUACAAAACAUUAUCUGGUUACAGCUGCUUGAAAAGAAAAGCUGUCAUAUAGGUAUUUGCUUGUACUAAACAGCUUUGAGUAGUUUCUGGAUAUAGCAUUAGGAAGCUUCAGAUUUAGAUUCGAAAUCCUAAAUUCUCUGUUUGCCCAGGAUCAUGAUGUCAUUAACUUGAUGCCAUAAUUAGGAUCCAGCAGUGUACUUUUCACUGGGUUCUAUAGAUUUUAUGAACAAAUUUCAAUUUACCCUAAGAACCUGCUCAAGAGGACAGAGAAGCCUCCCUUAACAGUUUUCUGCACCAAGGAGAGUUCAGGGAAGUAAGUGCACAUUUUGCUGUGGAAGAAGCAAAAUAACACAAUUCGAACUUGGCACUUCCUUUGGGGGGAGAUAAAAGCAUUAGUCAGGCUUUCAAAAUAGGGUUAAACUGAGCAUACAAGGAAGAUGCAAGAGAUCUGCCUGCCUUCUUUGCUUAUCUCCUCAUGUAGGGAAUGACAGCCAGAGAGAGAGCCUUUGCUACAUAAGAAGGCUUUUGAUAUGAUGUGGAGCCCGGGAAGGGGGGGGGGGCAGUAGAAGCUCUUCUCAGAUGAGGAGAGUAAAAGCAGAAGAUGAUGGAGGGGGCUAGAAUUCAUUUCACACCUGAUCAUUACUGAAUGGAACUUUAUUCUAGGCCAUGUGUUAGGAUAGUAUGCUGUGUCCCAAAAAUUGAUCUUGUGCUCAGUGUGCCUCUUUUAAAAACUUUAUGUGUGUACAUACUAUGCCAGAUGUUGAUAUAGAGCUCAGCUCCUUAAAAUCAGGGCAAUUGCUUGUUAGCUUUUCUGUAACUAUGAGAGCUUAAAAAACAGUUUUAUCUAAACACUUGGUCAAGAUUCUUCGUAAUCCUCAAUUUCUAAAAUAAGUGCUACAAGAUGAGCUGCUCUGUCUAAACUAGGUAUGUUCAGAAUAAAGACUAAGAAAUUGACUUCUGUAAUGUUUUUCUGAACAUUUGUUUUUGUUAAUGGUUCCACUUUAUGGAUUUUAAGAGCAUGUAUGUUUUGCAGGUACCCUCCUUAUGAACAAUCUCACAGAGUUUGAGAUUACAUCAGAGAAAAUACUGGUUUUCUUAAUUCUCCUUGUUGACUUCAGCCAAAUUCUCCUUGUUGACUUCAGCCAAACUUGAUCCAUCUUGUUUUGUGAUCAUCUUUACCACCUGUCACAAUUAAAUUGGAGAACUGUUCUAACAACCUUUCUUUCUUUGAACUCCCAAUUUCUAUGCUAUUAUGUUGAGACUUUUUUGCCUGCCAGGCACUUUCCUUUUCUGAGUAAGAUCUCUUUGGACUCCUACAGCUGUGUUUAAAGUGCCAGUUCCACUAACUAUAGUCAUUAAGUCCAAUCUGUCCAUAGAGUGGAGCCAGGAUUGUCUGAAUCUUCUUUUUGGAUGACGAUUAUUAUUAUAUACUUUUAAAAUUUAAAAUAAAAUCUUAUUUUCCAUUAA